AUGGCGUCUUCCACCGCAUUCGACCCUACCCAGUACCUUGCAGACAAGGACGCUCCGAUCGCAAGACUCUCUGCGAAGAAAUUCUUUGACCAGCUCACCACCAAGGAGAAGCUCUAUGCCCAUUACUUCUCCAAAGCAGGCCAUUGGGGCUCUAGAGCGGUGUUGCGGUCUGUGUCGCCAGAGAGUGAAGGCAUCUUCGACUUGAUCCUACAGGUGCACAGGGCAGUAGGCGCCGCCAGCGACGCCAGUGACGCCAGCUACGAGGAGUACUUUGCCGCCAAUUCCAUCGACGGAGCCAUUGUGAAAGCUUACUUGGAGUAUGCCUCGCAGGUGCUUGCAAACUUGGGAAACUACAAGUCCUUUGGCGACUCCAAGUUUGUUCCAAGACUCUCUGUUGAGGAGUUCCAGUUACUGGUCGACUCGCUGAAGAACGAGCAGAUCUCCGCAUUGUUCGACUCGGUGAAGCGGGCCAUCUACUCGUUGGACGACAAGAUUGCAAUGCUUGGAUCGCCAGAGGAUGGCCAUGUGUCCGGCUACUACCUCAACGUGGUUUCCAAGAUCGAGGGUGAGGCAGUUGACGCAGCGUUGGCCAAGCACGGCAUCAUGCCCGAAAACAUUAGGGUUUCUAAGGCUGACGACAGUCACUUUGUCGUCCACGUGGCCAGCGCAUUCAUCUCCAACGCAACCGGAUACUAUCCGGACAAGAUCGAGUUUGAGAUCCAGGACGGCAGAAAGGCAUCCCUAACGUUCAAGUUCGGCGACCACUCGAAGGAGUUUGCCAAGAUCGUUGAGAACCUGGAGCAGGCGAAGAAGUAUGCCGCCAACGACACCCAGGUGAAGAUGCUGGAGAACUACAUUGCCUCGUUCAUGACCGGCUCUAUGAACUGCCACUACCAGUCGCAAAUCCACUGGGUGAAGGACAUCAAGCCCACGGUGGAGACCAACGUCGGGUUCAUUGAGACCUACAGAGACUACCUUGGCACAAAGGGAGAAUGGGAGUGUCUUGUUGCCAUGGUAGACAAAGAGAGAACGGCCAAGUUCGGAGAGUUGGUCAGCAACGCCAAGGAGUUCAUCUCCGAGUUGCCAUGGACCAAGGCAUACGAGAAGGACGUCUUCACCCCGCCGGACUUCACCUCUCUAGAAGUCUUGACCUUUGCCGGGUCCGGCUGUCCUGCGGGGAUCAACAUUCCCAACUACGACAAGAUCAGAAUCAACAUCGGGUUCAAAAACGUUUCCUUGGGCAACGUUUUGAGCGCCAAGUCGAGCAAGGAACCGAUCUCGUUUAUCUCAGACGACUUGCAGGACUUGUACGAGAAGUACAGAGUGGAGGCAUUUGAGGUCCAGGUCGGCAUCCAUGAGUUGUUGGGCCACGGCACAGGGAAGUUGCUCAUGGAGCUCGACGACGGCAGUUUCAACUUUGACAAGUCCGCUCCGCCUCCCGGUCUCGACGGUAAGCCGAUCUCCACCUACUACGCCAAGGGCGAGACCUGGGGGUCCAAGUUCGGCUCCAUCGCCGGCUCCUACGAGGAGUGCAGAGCCGAGUCCGUUGCCAUGUUCUUGGGCACAAACAGAAAGUUGCUCGAGAUCUUCGGCUACACAACCAAGCAGGAGCAGGACGACAUCAUCUAUGUGAUGUACGUGUCCAUGUGUCGUGCUGGGUUGUUGUCGAUGGAGUACUACGACCCGAAGCACGGCAAGUGGGGCCAGGCCCACUGCCAGGCCCGGUACGCCAUCUUGAAGAAUUACCUUGACGCCGGCCAUGGCCUCAUCUCCUUGGAGUACACCAAGGACGACUUCAGCGACCUCACCCUUAAGAUCGACCGCAGUAAGAUUGAGAGCGUCGGCCAAGAGUCCAUCGGCGAGUUCCUCAACAAGCUCCACGUCUACAAGUGCAGCGGCGAUGUGGCUGCUGGUACGGCCUUCUACGUCGACCAGACCACCAUUCCGGCCGACCUCCUCAAGUUCCGGGACAUCAUUCUCAAGAAGAAGCUUCCACGGAAGCAGCUUGUCCAAGCCAACACUGUGGUAGCCGGCGCCGACGCCGACGUCCUCUGUAAGGAGUAUCCAGAGAGCUGUGCCGGGAUGAUUGCGUCUUUUGCCGAGAGAGAGUGCUGA